AUGAAACGAGAGAAAAAUCCUUUUCGUUUCGAUCCGGAGAGAAUGAAUGAAAGAAAGAAAAUAUUUGAAAGUGGUAGGCAUAAUGUGGCAGGUUCAAUUAAUAGCGGGGGAACGGACGAACCUGAAGAUAAUCGCCGACAUAUUAACAUCAACGAAGAACAAAUAUCGAAAUUUUGUUCGAACAAAGUCAGCACGGCUAAAUACAGCCUUUUCUCUUUUUUACCAAUAUUUUUAUUCGAACAGUUUAGAAAAUAUUCCAAUAUAUUUUUUCUUUUCAUCGCUUUAUUGCAGCAAAUUCCCGACGUGAGUCCCACGGGACGAUACACGACAUUGAUACCAUUAGUGUUCAUAUUAACUGUAUCCGCCGUCAAAGAAAUAGUAGAAGAUUUUAAAAGGCACAGAGCGGAUCGGGAAACGAAUCAUAGAAAAGCGGAAGUUCUUAGAAACGGUCAUUGGGACGAUGUUAAAUGGAGAAACGUUGUCGUCGGUGACAUUGUUAAAAUACGUAAUAAUCAAUUUUUUCCAGCCGAUGUCGUUCUCCUUUCGAGCAGCGAGCCUCAAGCGAUAUGUUUUGUGGAAACAUCAAAUUUAGAUGGGGAAACAAAUUUGAAAAUCAGACAAGGCCUAUCGGCAACAUCGUACAUUUUGGAAACAAAAGAUUUGAUAUCGUUGAAAGGAAGUUUACAAUGUGAAAUACCCAACAGACUUUUAUACGAGUUUAAAGGAGUUUUACAUUUGAGUGGAGAAAGAUCAUUGCCUUUGGGUCCGGAUCAGGUUUUAUUGAGGGGUGCUCAAUUGAGGAAUACGACGUGGGUAUUCGGAAUAGUUAUUUAUACCGGACACGAAACCAAACUCAUGAAAAACUCAUCUAGGGUACCGUUGAAAAGAUCGUCGGUUGACAAAAUGACCAACGUUCAAAUUUUAAUGUUAUUUUUUAUACUUAUCGUUUUGUGUCUCGUAUCCGCAAUUUUUAACGAACUUUGGACUCGGGUUCAUUGGGAAAAAGACUGGUACAUCGCAUUGAGUCAGCUCGAUAAUAGUAACUUCGGUUUUAAUUUAUUGACAUUUAUUAUUUUAUACAACAAUCUCAUUCCUAUAUCUCUGCAGGUGUCGAUCGAAGUCGUAAGAAUUGUUCAGGCGAGUUUUAUUAACAUGGAUUUAGAUAUGUAUUACGAAGAAUCGGACACGCCGGCCAUGGCAAGAACAUCAAAUUUAAACGAAGAACUAGGUAUGGUCAAAUAUGUUUUUUCCGAUAAAACGGGAACUCUAACGAGGAACAUAAUGGAAUUUAAAAAAUGUUCCAUUGCGGGAAUUAUGUAUACAAUUGACGAUCCUAAUUUAGUCGAGAAUUACAGAAAUCAUAAAAAUAAAGAAUAUGUUAAAUUAUUUAUGGAAUUAUUAUCCGUAUGUCACACGGUGAUACCUGAAAAAGUCGAUGGUGGACUCGUUUAUCAAGCAGCUUCUCCAGACGAAAGGGCACUCGUGAAUGGGGCAAAAUCUUACGGUUGGACAUUUGUCACUCGGACACCGGAUUUCGUCGAAGUCAACGUGUUGGGAACCUUACAAAGGUUCAUCAUAUUAAACGUCAUUGAAUUUACAUCGAAGAGAAAAAGAAUGUCGGUUAUCGUUAAAGAUCCGAAAGGAAUUAUAAAAAUUUUUUGCAAGGGAGCUGAUUCGGUCAUUUACGAAAGGUUAUCACCAUCGAGUCAAGAAUUUCGGGCAAAAACAUUGAAAGAUUUAGAAGAUAUGGCCACGGAAGGUUUGAGAACACUGUGUUGCGCUUAUGCAGAAAUCAAGGAUGAAAUUUAUCAGAAAUGGAAGGAAACUUAUUACAAAGCCGUGACGUCAAUACAAAACAGAGAAUCUAAAAUUGAAGAUGCGGCCAAUUUGAUUGAAGUAAAUUUAACACUUUUGGGUGCUACCGCCAUUGAGGAUAAACUACAAGAUCAAGUACCCGAAACGAUUGAGUCUCUUCUCAAAGCCGAUAUAAAAGUUUGGGUUUUGACGGGAGACAAACAAGAAACGGCAAUCAACAUAGGAUAUUCUUGUAAAUUAAUUUCUUCUGGAAUGAUCCUUAUUUUUCUCAACGAAGAAAGUUUAGAUGGAACUCGAGAAGCCAUAUCAAAACAUAUUGCCGAAUUAGGGGAUUCCCUUCGUCGGCCCAACGAUAUUGCUUUAAUCGUAGAUGGUAAAACAUUAAAGUACGCUUUGAGUUGUGACGUCAAAAGGGAUUUUCUAGAUUUAUGUACGUCUUGUAAAGUCGUUAUUUGCUGUCGCGUUUCACCCAGUCAAAAAGCAGAUGUGGUAGAUUUAGUUUCGAAAAUGACAAAAUCUAUAACGUUAGCCAUCGGAGAUGGUGCAAAUGACGUCGCCAUGAUACAAAAAGCGAAUAUCGGAGUAGGGAUUUCUGGAGUCGAAGGACUUCAGGCUGCAUGCGCGAGCGAUUAUUCGAUAGCCCAGUUCAAGUACCUGGUAAAACUUUUGCUCGUGCACGGUGCGUGGAAUUACAACAGAAUGUGCAAAUUAAUUUUAUAUUCAUUUUAUAAAAAUGUUUGUUUGUAUGUCAUCGAAUUAUGGUUUGCCAUUUACUCCGGUUGGAGUGGUCAAGUUUUAUUCGAAAAAUGGUCCAUUGGAGCUUAUAACGUUAUAUUUACAGCUGCUCCACCUUUAGCUUUGGGUUUAUUCGAUAAAGUGUGCAGUGCAGAAGCCAGAUUAACCUACUGUAAAUUAUAUAAGCCUAGUCAAAAUGCUCAAUAUUUCAAUUUCAGAGUGUUUUGGAUAUGGAUAUUGAAUGCACUUUUUCAUUCGAUUCUCUUGUUUUGGCUUCCACUUUUAGCACUAGAACAAGACAGCAUAUGGAAAACUGGAAGCGUCGGUGGUUAUUUAACGCUAGGAAAUGUAGUUUACACUUAUGUUAUUGUCACAGUUUGUUUAAAAGCAGGGUUAAUAACAAGUUCUUGGAAUUUACUCACUCACUUUGCCAUAUGGGGUUCGAUAGGUUUAUGGUUUGGCUUUGUCGUAUUGUGCAGUAAUAUAUGGCCGACGAUACCAUUCGAAGUCGUCAUGGUCGGACAAGAUCAAAUGAUAUUUUCAUCGUUUAUAUUUUGGUUAGGACUCAUAGCAAUUCCAAUAACGGCAUUACUUUUAGACGUUAUAUUUUUAACGAUAAAAAAUACAAUAUUUAAAACGUUUACCGAUCAAAUAAGGGAAAACGAAAUACGGAGAAGAGACGGUCCGCAAAUCGUGGCAGCAGAAUUUACGACCACUGUUCAGGACGAAUCGGGUUCAAAGUCAAAAGAACCGUUAGCAACGUCCGUGGCUUCCGUAGUACGACGAAAACUUCAACAAUUAAAUCAAAAUAAAACUUGCGUUUUAUAUUACAACAAUUAUAUAUAUAUAUAUAAUGAGCUUAUUGAUGCUCUCAGCGAAACCGCAAGAUUAUUACGAAGCGUCAAAUGCGCUUUGACGAGAAGAGGAACGGCCGUUACGGAACUCGAAUUAUCUCACGGUUAUGCAUUUUCUCAAGAGGAAGGAGGAGUCAUAACACAAUCGCAAGUCAUUCGAGCGUACAACACGAAUAUUCCAAAACCGAUCGGAAUUUAA